CAGUGGUGGUAAAACACAAACACCACUGAUUACGUGAACAUUAAAGUCGGAUCCCCGCACACUUCAGCUCGGAUCCCCUUGUACAGGGUCACAAGCGGGUUAGUGUGAUGACUGCGCCUCCAUUCCCAAAAUAUUCGGUACCUCUGCAUCUGUCUGCACACGCCAUGGACGAGCACAUCUUCCACACAAAGUAACCCCCACCCCAAAAUGACAGGUGGGAUGGCUGUGGAUAACAUCACUAUGGACUCAGCUGAGAUCUCUCCAAAUCAGAGCAGCUGCGAUGUGUUUGUUUACCAAAGAGCAGCGGUGGUUCUCUUCCCUAUUUUCUACACUGUGGUUUUCAUCAUCAGUGUGUGCGGCAACAGCUUGGUUCUCUAUGUGAUCUGUAAGGGGAAGCAGAAAUUCAACUCCACCUCCAUCUACCUGGUCAACCUUGCACUAUCUGAUGCCCUCUUCACACUGGCGCUCCCUGGCAGGAUUAUUUACUACAUCCGUCACUUUGACUGGCCAUUUGGUGAUCUCCUCUGUAGACUGACCACACUGCUCUUCUUUGCAAAUACCUAUGCAGGUAUCGGCUUCAUGACCUGUAUCAGCCUGGACCGAUACCUUGCAAUGUUGCAUCCACACCGUUUACAGUGUUUACGGAGUGUGAAGGUGGUCCAGAGGGUCUGUUGUCUGGUCUGGGCUCUGGUAUUCCUGCAGAUCGCUCCUCUCCUGUUCCGCAGCAUGCUGCAUCAACACCAGGGAAGAAGAACCUGCAUGGAGUACUUCAACUUCGAGGGCUCGCACUCAGCCCCUUAUCUCCUACUCCUUGCCUGUACCGUCUCCUUCUGUUGUCCACUCAUCAUCAUCAUCGGUUGCUAUGCCAAGAUAAAUCUGAAACUGCGAGCCGUGGCCAAGCAAAACUCUGUGACAGGACGAUCGAGGAGAAAUCACAGGGCCAACACUAUUAUUUUACUCAUCCUUCUUACAUUUAUCAUAUGUUUCAGCCCAUAUCAUCUCAACGUUAUUCAGUUUAUGUCCAGAAAGAUUCACCAUCAGCCCACAUGUCAGGAACUGAGGGCCUUUAAGAUGUCAUUACAGAUAACAGUCUCACUCAUGAACUUCAACUGCUGCUUGGAUCCAGUCAUCUACUUCUUUGCUAUUAAGACCUACAAGAGGCGAGUGAUGAGCCUCUUUAAGGAUUAUCUGUACGCUUCCGGUGCCUCCUCCAAAGUAACAGCUGACAACAGCAGCAGCAACACCUGAGGGAAACCACAGCAGAGGUUACAAUAGUAAACCUUCAGCAAGUUUGCAGACCUAGAUAUAGUUGCUCCUCCAUGUGCUCUGGAUGCUCUCAUGUAAACAUAAAAAUGAACGUGAAAUCUUUCAUUCAAGACCAGCAGAUCAUGCAUGCAAAUAUGUGGGUGCCCAUGGAAAAUGUGGAGUAAAAAUAUAUCCUGAGAUUAUUUUAACCUGCUACAAACAUUAAAAAUAUAACAUUUGCUUGCUUAUAAACAUGUAUAUAUAGUUCAGUAUUGCUUCAUAUAUUCUCUUUUGAAUAUUUUGGUGUGUCUUUUUGCUUUUCUUCUACUUAUGACAUUUGAUAUUGACAGGUGUUUUCCAAAGUUAAAAAAAAACAAAAAAAGGGCGUAAUAGUGUUUUAUGAAGCGUAGUAUUAACGGAAAUGUCCUAACCCAGAUAAGGAGGCUCUACUCACUUUUUCAACACAUGCAGUCUUAAAUUCAGUACAACAGCAACUUUCACUUCCUUAAUGUGGACGAACAAAUGCACGAAUCAAGUCAUGUGGCAGCAAUAUUAAUCUACGAAGCGGCAAAGCAGACAUAGGAACUUGAACCUUGGACAGCUGGACUUCUGUUUAAGACAAACGUAAAACCUGUGAAACAGUGUUCCUGAAAUAUGUGUUACACUAUGCAAGAAUUUAGGGUGUGCCAAAUCGAGCAUGUCUUCUACAUCUCUCUUUCAUACCCACAUCUGACUGCUGUGUGGGAGUGUAGAAAUAACAUCACCACUUCCUCACCUACCUUUCCUGCUCCCCCUCACAGGCCUCAUUCCUGCUUGGUCCCAUGUCUUGUGGUGAGGCUGCUGUUCGCAUGAGCCUUACACAUGUAAGCAGGUGCAUGUUGUCUGUUUAUAGUGCACUGUCUGCAGAGUCCUAUAUUUAAAUUUAACCUUUAACAUU